UUGUGCCCGCCUGCAUUCGACUGUUUCGCAAAGACUCAUGGGAGCAACCCGGACGAAGGUGUGUCGAGAUGGCGGAAGCCGAGGAAUCGCCUGGAGAACAUGAGACAGCGACGCCUAGGCCUUUGUUCGCGGGCCUUUCUGAUAUAUCAAUUUCACAAGACAUUCCAGUAGAAGGCGAGAUUACUAUUCCCAUGAGAGCUCGUGCUCGAGAACUUGACAACUCCACACUAAAUGAGUCCGUUCGCCAUACCAUCAUGCGUGAUCUAAAAGCUGUGGGGAAGAAAUUUAUGCACGUUUUAUAUCCAAGGAAAAGUAAUGCUCUGUUAAGAGACUGGGAUUUGUGGGGCCCAUUAAUACUGUGCGUGACACUUGCAUUAAUGCUACAAAAGGGUUCUGUGGAUGGAGAAAAAGAUGGAGGACCACAAUUUGCAGAAGUUUUUGUUGUUGUCUGGUUUGGAGCAGUCACAAUUACACUCAAUUCAAAACUUCUUGGCGGAAACAUUUCUUUCUUUCAGAGCCUAUGUGUGCUGGGAUACUGCGUACUUCCUUUGACUGUUGCAAUGCUGAUUUGCCGGCUGGUGCUUUUGGCAGGGCAGGGCCCAGUAAAUUUUAUGAUUCGGCUUUUUGUGGUAGUGGUAAUGUUUGCUUGGUCUGUGAUCGCAUCUACAGCUUUUCUUGCUGACAGCCAGCCUCCCAAUCGGAAAGCUCUUGCUGUGUAUCCAGUCUUCUUAUUCUAUUUCGUGAUCAGUUGGAUGAUACUCACGUUCACCCCAUAGUGGAUCUGGAUACAGACAUUGAAAACCAGUGAACUGAAGGCUCACCCAAAAGAACAGUUUACCACGACCAACUCCCCCACUCUCUUAUUCAAUUCUCGAGGUAUUAAAAGGGAGCCACGUAGUACUGUUGUCAUUUAUAUAAGGAACUGAUAUUUGCAAGGCUGUCCUUUUCCUCUUAAUGUUAUUUUUUUCAAAUACAUGUGCAUACCACACAUAGCAAAAUGCCUCCUUAAGGCAUGAUGAAGUUACUAUGAUCCAUUAGGGUGACAACCAGUGACCCGAAGAGCAAGUGGAUCCACUCUGCAAAUUAAAAUGGGUUGGUGACCAUCUUCAGCUUGGAGAAUAUUUGUUCAGGUGCAACUCUUAAACACAUUGCCUUAUGACUAUUAGAAUAUGCCUCUUUUCAUAAAUAGUAAUAGUCUGUAUCCAUUUUCUUUUUCUUUUCUCCCCCAAACUUAAGAGGGCAAAGAUAGAGGUUAGGUAGGAGAUUUAUAGAUGUGGGAGGAGAAAAUAUGUAUUAACUAAUUUUCAGAUUUUGAUCAGAGGUAGUGCUAUACUUGGUUUGUUUGUUUUUAAGCAAAUGGCAUUUAAGAAUGAGCUUUUAAAAAGUAUUUUUGUAUAGUUAUUUUUUUGUCAUGUGUAACAGUACCUCGGUUAAGACUCUAGUUUUUAAUCUUUCUUCCAUAUCCUGAAUAUACAGUGCUAGCAGUCAUACAUGCAACUUUCCUUCAAAGUUCUCAGUGGUUCAAUGUUUGGGCUUUUCUAAGUAGCAGAGGAUAGAAAUCUAGGUUCAUGGUUUGUAAUACAUAUUGUCAUGUGGGCACCUUCUUUUAAGGUAUAGUUAUAUAUUACAUAGCUAAAUGGACCUAUUCAUUAUUUUGUAUGGUCCAGCCUCAGACUAGAAAGAAAGGCUACAACAGAAGUGUGCAUUUAUCCAAAUGGACACCAAAUCUAGUGUUCUGAGGCCUAGGUAACAGAAGGAUGUCUAUGUAACGUGCAAAGGUUGAGUUGAGUUUACAGCUGAUGCCUUUCCCGUAGUGGGCUCAGCAAUUUUUUCAUUUUAUGUGUGUAUAUAUAUAUAUAUAUAUAGUUUUGUUUUAUUUGUUUUGGCUGGGGAAUAGCAAUUGAUUUUGUAUUUUAGACAUUAUUUGUAAACCUAAUUAGCUCCCCCUUAGAUAUGUACAUUUUGCACAUGUGCACCUACCUGUACUCUAAUAUUUAUGCAUACAAAUGUGAAGGCUUUUCAGGGAACAGAACAUCUGAGACAGGCUAAUCUCAACUAAACAGGACUCCUAUAAGGUAGUAAGAACGGUUGUCUUCUAUGUUUCAGUUGAAGAACUCUAAUAGACAAAGAUUAGGAGUCAGAGACCAUUCAUUGUAAAUACGCAAUUGCUUAUAGUGAUAGCAAUUCUUAUUCUGUGUGUUUUCUUUAUCGUAGAGUUUAAAUAUUUAUUGAUUUUGUAUUUAAAGACUACCUUCAUAUAAAUAUAUGAUUCUAAAAACAUAAUUUUCCCCAUUCUCAGAGUAACCAAAUGAGCAACACUAGGCCAAAUGGGUUCAUAUGGGAUGAGUUACAAAGCAUUACUGGGCUUAUCUUCUCUGUUUCAGGCUUGUCUAAAGGUUUGGGGGUAUAUAUUUGAAUUCAUUAUAAUUUAUCUUUUAAAUUAUAAACCCUGUGAGGAUAAAUCAAGUGUUUUACUCUUGAGCUACUAAAGGAAAAAUUUUUGAGAUUUGUCAUAAACUAUCUCUUUCCACUCUGAAAAAGCUUCCCACUCAAAUAUCUUUCAUAACGGCCAGGAGCUGGGCAGCAGGAACGCAGUCCGCAGCUCUCACAACACCCAAGUAAUUAUAAUAUUGAAGAGGUAACUAUACUUCUCAAAGGAGAUUUAGUCUCUACUGGAUUUUACUCAGGUGAAACAUUUACUCUGAAAUUCCGAAGGCCACGAUUUAAGGGAAUUUGGAGGGUUAAGCACAUUGGCUCUAAGGCAACGUGGUCCUAUUGGUCUGUUGCUCUUGGGUGACUUGAGAAUGGUUUUGUGUAGUUGAAAUGUAGGGCUGAGGGUGUAGUUCCAUGUAGAGCAUUUGCCAGGCAUGCACAGUACUCUUGCUUCAAUCCUUGGCAUUGCCAACAAAAGUGGCUAAGCUAUAGGAUUGAUUACUUUUUUCUAGAAUUGAAUGAUUAAAGGAUAUAAUUAUUUUUAAUAUAUGCAAAAGGUCUUGCUUUCUGUGGCAAGUGAAGCCCUGAGUCUGGAAGCUUUUCCUGGUUUGCUGCAAAGGUUGAUUUUAGAAAUGAAGACUGGAAGGGCAGAAGCCUGCAACAGAGGAACUCCUGUUCUAGGUUAUUGACAUUUCAUGCUUCUGGUGAAUUUCAAGCUUUUGAGUAUCCCUGCAGAAUGUGCGUGGGUAUUAUAGCCAGCUUGGAUGAUCACCUGCUGCUUCUACAUCUGAGACCAUGACACUUGUUAUGGUCUCAACUGACAAAUGGCUUAGCAAAAGGAAAGGUGAAAACUUGAUUUAAUUAGUGUUCAGAUUACAAAAACUCUAUUGAUGACAACAUAUUUAAAUGUUCUGAAUGGUCUUGAAAGUCAUCAUCAAAUAUUGAUUUUUUUUGGUGUGUGUAUGUUUUGUUUGGAUUUUGGCCUCAAAGAUAUGUAAGUUAAAUUUGAUCUUUUCAUUGUGUUGUGGGAAUUUUUUUGUUGGGCAAAGUAAAAUAGCAUGAGACUGGUAAUCUUUUCUGUUGACUAUGUCUUUUAUAAAUAGUACCCCCAGAAAUGUGAUUAGAAGGCUAGUGAGUCUGAACUUGGGGAUAUAGUCUGAUGACUUACUACAUUUGAGAUGCCUGCUUAUUUCUGGAGAUGAGAAUGAAAAUUUGUCAGUUGAUAUUUUCGGGUACCAUCAAGUUAUCCAUUGCAUGCUGAUGUUUUAGUCCGGUUUGAGCACUGAAGUGAUCCUUAACUAGGCUGUCAGUUUCUGAGAUGGUUGGGUGGAAAUAAAUGUAUGAAUGUUGUUGGAUCCAUGUAUGUAAAUUAGAGAUCCUUUUCUAGAUUCGGUGUGCUUUUGUUACGAGUAUAGAACUGAUGGGGACAAUAAUUUUAUGAUUAUUAAUAGCUAACACUUAUUGGGCACUUAUAUAUAUAUAUAUAUAUCAGUUUACUAUUCUACUUUUAAAAGACUUUUUGCAAUAGCUUUAUUCAAGUACACUUUACCAUGAAACCCAUUUUUUCAAAGUGUACAAUUCAGUGAUUGUUACUAUAUUUAGAGUUCCACAACCAUGUCUUGUAUCUAACUUGAGAGAGUCUGUCUUUAUCACUGCAGAGAAACCAGUCACUCCUGUUCUCUAGUCACCUUCAGUCCUUUCAACUACUAGUCUACUUUCUGUCCAUUCUUCUGGUUAGGUACUAUUUGUAGUGCUUGCUCUAUUUCCUCCAUUCCUCAACAGAAUGUACUAUAAUUCUUAUUUUACAGUAGAAAAUUGAGGCACAGAAAUUUAAGUAAUUGUCCAAGGUCAUGCAGGAAGUGAAGUUAUAAUAAGAACACAUUAGAUGAGAUGCAGUUUGAAUUGCACUGUUAGGCACAUGAAAUGAAUGCAUUCCUUCCUGGGGUGUGUCUUGUGUUACUAACCUUUGCACCCUAGAACUGACUGGAGACAGAUGUGUCUUGUUCUUUUUACUACUUUAUAAUUUCCUGUUUCACAUAUACAUAGCCUGUUUUUUCCUCAAAGUUUGAAGACACAACUUCUUUUCCUUUUCCUAGAGAGAUGGUUAAUGCCUCAAAUUGUAACAUCUCUUCAGGUGUUUAUAGUAUAGGGAUGUAUCUGGUCACAUAGGGUACUGGGUAUGUUUCUAAGAUUUAAGAUUAAAGUCAUUCGAGAACUGAAUGACUUUCUAUUUGGGUAAAUGUGAAGAGAAAGAAGACUUUGCCUUAAUGAAGCUUGUUCAUUUCUGGUCUUCUUUGCUAUUCUACUUUAAUCCUGGUCUUUCCUAUAAACAAUAAACCUGUGCAAAAAAACCUGUAAAAUGGUUUGUGAAUGUUAUAUGUGUCAAUAAAAACACUGGAA